AUGGCGGCAUUGGUUGAGUACACCAGGGCUGAACUGGCCAUGGAUAUGGUACGGAAAUAUCGACUUGCUUUUAUUAGAAUGCUGGAUUUGGUACUGACACGAUGUCUAGUCUACGAUAUCACAGAUUACCAAGAGGACCAUCCUGGAGGAGAAGAACUGCUCCGCAAUGUUGCUGGCCAGGAUGCCACUGCCUUUUUCCAAGAUGCUGGGCAUUCACAAGAUGCAUAUGCGAAAUUAGAAUCCUUACGUAUUGGAAAAUUGGCCGGGAGCGAGGAGUUUACCCCUCGGCAGAAAGCUCUGGUGGUCACUGUCGACAAGAGUAGCAUCGGCUUUUCGAAGGCCGGGUGGAAACAGGGAGAUUUGACAUCUCUCGUUUCUGCAUUAUUGUUCCGGGCUCCAAUGGCGCUUUACGCCUUCAUUGGGUCGGCCUUGUUUAUCGGGGCCGCAAGAUAUCUCUUUGGCGCACUUCUCCCGACUCUACCGGCGUCCUCGCUACUUAGUGGAUUCUUGACUGCUGCUGCAUUUCAGAUCACAGCUGUGAUGGUACUUUGGGGGCACAUGAAGCAGGCUCUCCAGCGUCACCGGAAGCUUGAAGAUUUUCCUCGGGUGAUACAACCCCGUAUACCUCUCCACCCCAGGAGACAGAAUUCUGUACCGAAACCUGGUAUUUUAAGCCACCCUAGGACACAGUUCCUGACGCUGGUGGACCGGCAAUGCAUUACACACCAUGCCGAUUCUGCGAGUGGCAAACCUAAUAGCAGUUCUGCUGGGGGCGUUUAUCGACUACGGCUAAAAUAUACCGACGACAAGGCUCGAAUGGAACUAGGAUUAGGCCAACACCUUCGAAUAUCCGCCGAGAUCGACGGGGCGGUAAUCCAGCGCAGCUACACCCCGGUAUCCGAGCUAAACGAACCGGGGCCGGUAGACUUGCUUGUUAAGAUCUACCCGGAGGGCCGCAUGAGUAAACAUCUGCUGCAUCUGCCACUCCAUACGCCCUUGGCCAUCCGUGGUCCUUUCGGUAGUUAUCAUCCUAAGCCUACGUGGAAGGCGAUUGGUUGUAUUGCGGGCGGCACUGGAAUCACCCCGAUUUAUCAAGUCCUUCGUGAAUGGUGCCGUGAAUCCGAUAAUGCUAAUAAGGAUGAGCCGAGGAGAGCAACUUUGCUCUAUGGCUGUGAGUCUAAGAGUGAUAUACUUCUUUCCGACGAGUUGGACGGCCUUGUUCAUAGAUAUCCCGACAAUAUUCAAGUGCACUAUGUCCUCUCCCAGCCGCCCGAGGAAUGGGAGGGACCUACAGGAUGGAUAACUCGGGAAAUGAUGGAGAAGUUUCUGCCCAAACCAGGGCCUAAUACCGGAUUUUUGAUAUGUGGGCCGAAUGGCAUGGUCCAGGCAAUUCAGGCCUAUCUUGAAGUUAUCCAAACUGCCUUUCAAGAGAAGUCAGAGGUGUUUGAUAAGGCUGUAUCCAAGAAUAUUAUAUAUUCUGUUUCCACGAGCAUAGACAUCUGGGAUAUCAAGAUCAUAGAGCAUAGACUUAAGGCUUUUAUGGCGGCAGGUGACCCUAGCUUUGAAUUUGUCUUUCUAGAUGGAGAGGUCGAAUGCCAAAAGGCACAGGGGGUCGGGAACUUUGUCAAUGGUCCGUUUCUCUGUUACAACGCGAGUUUUUCCCCUGCCGAUAUCCAAAAAUCUUGCGAGCUGCUCGACGACUUUAUUGAGGAUGAAGGGCCAUUUGACGGUAUCCUCGGCUUCAGUCAGGGAGGCUCUAUAGCCCUGACGUACCUUCUCCAGCAGCAAAUCCGGGGCCACCCUCCUCAAUUCAAGUUCGCCAUCCUGAUGUCCACUGUAGUCGCCUUCUCUUCCAAUGAAAAAUUUGGCAACCAUCUGCUGGCAAACCUGACAGACCGCGAAAUCCGGCUUCUGGAGUCCUAUCCCAACUCCGACCUCUCGCCGCUUAGCGUGCUAACAAGGGCUUUAUGCGAAACAACUGCAAAAACUUUCCACUCAGCAAUAACUAGCGGCUUUAUCGCUCAGGACACAGCAACAUGCCAGUUUUCGCGUCGGGAUGAUCCGAUGCAGCCGCGAACUUUUCACCCGGCACUGUUGGAAGACCGUAUUCCUAUCCCAACCAUCCAUAUCACUGGCAAGAAAGAUAAUUCAUUGAUGGUGGGGCUGUCACGGUUGGUUGAAGGGCUAUGCGACCCGAGGCUGGUGCGUUCGAUGACCCAUUCCGGAGGCCACGAUGUCCCUCGUCGUCGAGAGGAUGUGCGAGCUACAUGGGCCGCCAUUGAAUGGGCAAUCCAGCAGAGUCACAAGCAGCAUAUUUGGCACCUUUAA